GAUGGCAUCUCACUGGAACAUUGCAAUUCAUCAUGAUGAUGAAUUUAGCCAGCUGGAGCAAGCAGUUUGAGUGUGGACUCUUGUUGUGGGUUAGUCUUUUGCAAAUUGAAAAUCUAUGAAUUCAUAUUUUGAUUGGAUAAUUUACUUGCAUGGAAUGGGUGAAUGUUAAUGAGCUAUCAAGUGUAUAGUAAGCAGUGCUGCUGAAGAUGGUAAAUAUAUUGUGCUCGAGAAAUGAAUAUUGUUUACAUAUUCUUUAUUAUUGUUUCCUGGUAUGGGCUGGCACCACUGAAAAAGUUCUGUUCGCCAUGGUGAACGACACUCUUUGGUGUGAAGUGAGCAAGGAGCAUUCCCAUUAUAUGUCACCUGUGAGGAGCUUGAGUUUUUACCAAGUAAGAAGCACUGAAGAUCCCUUCCCAUCACACAGCUAUUGCACACCAAUCAUGAGGUGGCCCUGUAGCGAAGGGACAUCAAUGGAGGAACUGCAGUCUCAGCUGGCAAAAGAUGUGAUUGGGUGUAGGCUGAACAAGGAGGUUCAGGGAAGGGCCCUUUUCCCUCCUUUCAUGCUGCAUUGCAUCUGUAAUGAGGAUGUGUCACCAGGCGCCAGAAGCAAGGAGUCUGUGAAGCAAAGAAGUUUUUCCAACGAUGUCAUUGUGUCUGGGCUGAACAAGGAGGAUCUAGGAAGGCACCAAGGAGGCUGCUGGCUUCAGACUCAGAAAGGAGCAAGUGAACGCAUCACAACCUGCCUGGAUGAAAAUGUGUGUGUGGAUGGGGAGUUUGCAGAGGCAAGGACCAUCUUUCAGAGUAACUUACUGACCUCCAACUUAAGUUACUUGUACAAGCUCACUGUAUCACCGUAAACUUGCUGCAGGGCCAAUAGCAUCUCUGAAGCAGAUUUUCCCAAUUUGCACAUGAACUUGAUGUUCGCACGCUGUUCGAACUGCGACCAACACACACAUCUAAUUCAAACGGAACAGUAAUGACACUGCACACUCAGACCUGUUGCACCUGUGAGCAGACAGACUGAGCUUCCCACCACAACAGUGUGUGCGCUAUCUUAUCGUUUGUUCUCUGUCUGCGGGUUAAUUCCGGGAACUUUUUGACUGCCCUACAUAUUUCCAACUAUCUGACUCCUCUCAGCUAUCUUCAACGGAUUCUCACAGCAUAUCUGACAGUUUUAACAUACUGCAAGAAUCCUCACAAGACAGCUGAGACAGUAUAUGCAAUAAAUAACUGUCCUGAAAAGCAACAAGAAAGAAGAAUGGCAUCUUCUGGGAUGUGGCGCCAUGUAGCUCUUGUGUGAGCUAGCAUUUCAGAUGAACAUAUCGUAUCUAUCUUCGUGGUAGAAAAAUCUGCAAGCAGGUGGCUGCAGGCUACACCUGCUCAGGGAUUUUUCUACUCCGAAGAUGAAGGCAAUAUGUCCCUCUGAAACGUCAGUUCACACAAGAUUUACAAGUUGCCACAUCCCAGAUGACAGAAUUGUUCAGUCACCAUGAAAACCUCAAACCUUAUAACAUGAAAGAACUUAGUUUACCUCCUCUUUUUGUGGAAUUCUAGCAUCCACAUGCUGCACCAUCUGAAAGCCUCCACACACAAAUCCAGCACAGACUACAAUCUGGCCUGCAAUGCAAAAUGGUAACAAAUUAUUGGGAUGUACAAUACAGAAAAAUGAGUUUUAUUUUUUUUAAUGGCAGGGAUUGAACCUAGGACCAACAGGGUGGCCCAGGAAUUGUUCUUAACAGCCCAUACUUCCUGCCUCAUAGCUAUGCUCAGUUGCCUGAUGCCCUGUUCUAACAAAUGCAGUCAGCUACCCUACCCUAGAUGUGGCUCCCCCUGUGAAUGGGAGUAGAGCCGUAAUUAUUAAAUAGACAGUGUACAAUAUAAUAUUCAAACAACAA